GAAUAAAUACAAUAUCAUAUAAAUAAUAAACAUUACUAUCUAUAAAUGAACAAGGAAAAUUUGGAAACAAGGCAUUUGUCUUGGUUGGAGUUGCAGCAUAUAAUUGUAAAAUUCAAUUCUUUAAUUUUUUAUACUGAUAGAGAACUUCAAGAAUCAAAAAGAAAAAGAAAAAGAAAAAGAGGCCAAUAGCAUUUAGCUUUAGCCGAUUGACUGAAAUGCGAAGUGCAGAGUCCAAAUAAAAAUAGAUAAAAAAAGAAAAAGAAAAAAAACCCUUAGAAUUUUCUGCUAGAAAGAUUCCACACCACAUACCAUAACUCUCUCAGUUUCACCAAGCAUGGUGAAUUCUCCUGCUGAAAAUGACCCACUUCAACAACAACAGCCUUUAAGCAAGGGAGCCCCAGUCGAGGUCAGCAGUGACGAGGAAGGCUUUCGAGGGGCUUGGUACUUGGCCACUAUCCUCGAAAUGCCUCCCAAAUCCGCUUCCAAGAAACGAAAGAAGGCAUUUGUUCGCUACAAGACUUUACUCGCUGACGAUGGUAAGUCCCCUUUGACUGAGCAUGUCGACCCCGGUUAUAUUCGCCCUUUGCCGCCUAAUGAGAAGGGAAAUGCUCAGUCCGGGUUCGAAGUGAACGAAAUCGUUGAUGCGAGGUACAGAGAUGGUUGGUGGACUGGCGUUGUGAGGAAGGUUUUGGCGAAGUCGAAAUAUAGGGUUUACUUUGAUAAUCCUCCUGAUGUCAUUGAGUUUGAUAGGAAAGAUUUAAGGGUUCAUUGGGAUUGGAUCGAUGGCAACUGGGUUCGCCCUGAAAAGCAGCAAUCAACAGGCUCCGUUUUUAGCUCUGGGACAGCAGUGGAGGUAAAUGUUGAUGAUGAAAGCCUACGUGAUGUUUGGUUCCCUGCAAUAGUCGUAAAAGAAAAUGAGGAUAAGACUUUCCUGGUGAAGUAUCAGAACUCUAAGAAUGAUGAUGAGUCUGGGACUGCAAAAGUUGUUGUAGAUUCCCUCCAUAUCAGACCCACUCCUCCUCGAUAUGCAGAUAGGAAUUAUGAAUUGCUGGAAAGAGUGGAUACAACAUAUAAUUUUGGUUGGCGCACUGGAGUAAUUACCAAAGUUCUUACUGGAAGAAGGUACAAUGUCUUCUUUAAGCAUGGAAAUGAGGACAAGGAACUCUCUCACUCUGAUAUAAGGCCUAACGUUGAAUGGACCGAUGGAAACUGGAUUAGUAAAUCCAAGGAAGUCAUAAUUGCUUCUGAUGACCAAGAGCUGAUAGGGGAUGCUCUCUGUGGUACCCGGUACACCAAGAUGGCUGGAGAACUUGAAAGUUCCUUGUCCACAAAAGAAAACACUGAAGAUAAGAUUCCUUUGAAAAAGAUGAAAAGGAAUGCUACAGAGCAGCCAACUCCCACUGAUGAAAACAGUACUUUGCACUCAGGCAAGAAGAAGGUCAAACUGGAAACAUCAAAUGGCAACACUUCUAAUUCACGGUCUUCAAAAAAGCAAACUGAAGGAAAUGCAGUGGUAACACCGAUAUCAGUUACUGGCGAUCAGUUAAAAGAUAUGCCUAGUGAAACAUUGUGUAAAGAAGGGAAUCCGAGAACUGGUGGUAAAGCUACUAAAUUCCCAAAGAAAACUGUGAUUGCUGAUCAGCCUUGUGCUAAGAGUGAGAGCCCAUUAACAGAAGCAACAACUCAAACUGCUUCAAAUGACCGCCUUUUCUGUCAACAUCACCGUUCUAACUGGACGACUAAGAGGCAGAAAGUUGGUUCAGCUGACGGUAAAGUAGACAACCUUGCGAAGAGGAAUGUAAAAGUUAGAAAGUCACCAAGUAACAGCCCACAGGUUUUGACAGCAGGCAAGGAAGGAACUACAAGGGUUGCUGGAGAAAUUAAUGAAGGGGAUAUUAAAACAAAAGAAGUUGAAAUGCCCAUCAUCUUAGGAUUAGCAGCAAAGUUCUCAAAGACUUUACAGGCUGAAAAUUCCUGUCAGAUCCCUAGUGAGGAACCUGGGAAGCUAAUGGGGGAUCAAAAAAACAAUUUAAAUGAUUCAGUCAGAAAUGAAAAUAUGGAAAUAAUGGAAAAUAAUGUUGGAGAAAGCGAUCCGAAAAAAAAGAGGGGAAGACCACGUAAAGCAGUAGUUACAAGUCCGAAGGCUUUUCAUGCUGGUAAGGAGCAAAAUGGGGCUGGAGGUAUUACUGAUGAAAAAGUUUUAAAAGAUUGUACGAGUGAUGAAGCUGGUUUGUCAAAACAUAAAGGUGUGGAACUGUCAGGAAGGAUAAAUGACGACCAAAAAACAAGAGAGGUUCACUUGGCGACUGCUGGGAUUUCCGACAUGAAUGAGGACGAUCAACCUCUAUCAACUUGGAUAGGGGGAAUCCACUCCUCAGGUGAUGAAGAAUCAAGGCUCUCCUCUGGCAGGCUCGUCAAUGGAUGGAAUGAGGAAAAAGGAUUGGUUGAUGUUCCUAUUGAAUCUCAUGCAAUUGAUGCUACUGGUAGAAGCCCAUUGGAUAGUGAUCAGAGUUUGCCUUUUGUGAAGAAAUCACCUAUAUGGCGAACAAUUGAAUCUUUGGAUGUCUUCCAAAUUGUGCCCCAAAAACCACAUUUUCAACCUUUGGCUGAAAGCAGAGAGGAGUUUCGUGAGGGAUCGGCAAUUGGGAUCAUGGUGACCUUUGCCAGUUUGUUUGAUAAGAUAUCCAUGUUGCAUUUUGAUGACCCUCGAAACACAUUUGACAGCAUUUCAGAAGGUCUUGAUGACUUGGAAAAGCACGGAUUUGAUGUUAGUCUGCUUAGGUGCCGUGUGAAUAAACUACUUUCAAUCAAAGAAGGGCAUAGUCAGCAUCUAGGGGAGAAAGAAAAUGCAGAAAGGGAGAUAAUGGAAAAUACAAAGGGGAUAACUAAAUUCGAUGAAGAGAUGGAAGAGAUUGAAAAGAAGAUUGCUCAAUUACAAGAACAACAUUCUUCUAUAAAGUCAGAGAAGGAGACCAAGAGUCUUAAGGUUGGUAGUUUGAAGUUGCAUGCUGAUGUUCUAAAUAAGCUUAUUCAGAAUGCCCCUCAUGAAUUUAAGAAAAUAGCUACUGCGUCGUGGAAGUUGCCAUGAUCACUCAUUGGUUUCAUGUUGGAAUGGCUAAUUAUUGUUGUUAAAUAUGUGGAUUCGAUUGUAGUGGGGUUGUUUUUUAGGCGCAAUUGUAGUGGUUAGGGUGAAUCAGUAGAGGGUCCUUUUUGAUUUAUAGAUAUGCUGUUUCAUGCACCUUUCUGUUCCUCGGUGUCUUGUAUGUUACGUCUAUUUUUGUUUUUGGAGUCAAAAACAUGAACCUGCUUCUCCAGCCUAGACUAGAACUUUAUGAAAAUGUGCAAAACUAACUUUUUUAGGUCCCUCA